CAUUUUCUUGUCAUUCAUUGAAAAUCAAUCUUCUCGAAUACAUCCAAUUCUGGACAUCGGCAUUGCAUUUUUUUUACAUUAGCGGCAUUUUAAAAAAUUAUUUCUGUCUCAAAAAUGAGUUCUAAGUCGGAAGCCAAGAACAAGGGAACGUUUCAACCGGAUUCAGAUGUGCACAUUACCAUCGAUGACCAGAUGAAAAUUAAUAAAUUUGCAAACUACAAUGCCAAGGUUGAAGACCUCAAGGAGGAGCUGAAAAUUAGACAGAACGAGUUGAAAAACCUGGAAGAAGCGGGGGACGAAAUUGAACUGUUAGACGACGACACGCAGAUUCCGUUCCUGAUUGGGGAAGUUUUCAUGUCCCACGAUUUAGCCCGCACUCAGGAACUGCUAGUCGAAGCGAAAGAGAAGAAAAAGCAGGAGAUUGAGAACAUCCAAAAGCUAUCGAAAGAUAUCCAGGAUAAGAUGGGCGAGCUGAAGGCUCAUUUAUACGGCCGUUUUGGAAGCAACAUCUAUCUCGAAAAUGACGAAUAAAAAAAGGUCAAGGAAUUUCUUUUCUUGAUUGUAAAAU